GUUCCCAUUACAACCGUCUAUUAAAUGUCCACGAGCUACCGUUUUGGAAAAAGAUAAACAUUGAAUUUUUGUUUAUUGUUCAUCGAAUUUAGAGCCUACAAAAUUUUACAGUCUAGCUUAAGUUAAUCUGAUGGCUCGUGUACAGUCUCUUAAAACCAGAGCAUCAACUAUCACAGAGCCGAGUAUCAAAAGUCUUCCCUAUCAAAUAACCGCACAUCCCCGCGAAAGCGAGAGCGCGAGAGAGUGAGAGAGUUGUCAGCAGCGAAGGAGGAAGAAGGAAUAGCGAUGACACCAGCUAGUCCACCGGAGUACCAGUUCGAGUGGCCCGCACCUCCGUCAAUCUCCCGUCAGCCGCCAUCAUCACUGACGGUCGAUUUCAGCCCGCCGUUAAUCGCCAUGGUCGUCGUGGUUGGCACCGCCUUCCUGAUCGUCGUCUACUUUCGACUCAUCUCCCACCACCUCCUCCCGCCUCUCCUCCGCCGCUGGCGUCGCAGGCGUCGCUGGCGCCACCAUCCCUCAUCUCCCUCAGACGUCGAGUCUCCGACCGACACCUCCGCCAGCGGCGUCUUCAACACAGCCUUCCAAUUCCUCACCCCGUACGGCCUCGACGAGACGGCGAUCAAGACAAUCCCCCUCUCCGUCUACGCCAAGGGCAAACGACGCUCCAUUUCCAUCGACAGCAGCGUUAACAGCCGUGACUGCGCCGUCUGCCUGCUCGAGUUCGAAGAGAACGACUGCGUCCGUACGCUCCCGGCCUGCGCCCAUGCCUUCCACGUGGACUGCAUCGACAUCUGGCUCCGCUCCCACGCCAGCUGCCCGCUCUGCCGCGCUGGUAUCUUCCGGCCAGAAUCCCCCUUCCUGCCGCUGAUGUCAGCUAGGAUCCGACCAAGCCUCGACGACGUUGUGCUCAGAAGCCUCCUCCUCCCCAACCCGCCGGAAUCCGACCCGCCGGCGCAGACUCCGGAGAUCGUCCCCUUGGAGGCGUCACCGAGGAACGAGACAGAGAGGCGAACCAGUCGCCGGGAUUUUCUCCUGAAACGGUCCUACUCCUUCGGUUUCGAGCGGAAUCUGGCAGUUGAUCGGAUGGUGCUGGACACCGCGACGGCGUCGCCGUGGAGGUACCGCCGGGGAAACUUCUGGAAGCGGCCCUCGCCGUCACCGUUCACGUCGAAGGCUCGUGUCUUCUCCUUCAGAGGGAUGAAAUCCCCCUUCUUCCGGCGGAGGAGAGGCUUCUUCCCUCUGUCGGAAAGUGGCGUCAGAUUCGCCGGCGGCGGUUCCUCCCGCCGGAGCAAGUCAUUGACGAGCCCGUUCUUCGGCCGGUCCUCGGCGUGGUCGGUAUCGAGCCGGAUGCGGUGCGGUGACCCAGAAGCCCUACUGUCGCCGGAGAGGCUGAAGUGAAGUGAUCGAGAAUAUCCGGUUACUGCCGUAGUUCUGACCGGGAGAGAAUACAGUCGUCGGAAAGGAUGACCGGGAAUCUCCGGUCACUGCAGCUGGGGUCUAGUUUUUAAUGGCGUCGCAUGCAGGAAUUAAUGAAUUGCUGGGAAACGGAGGCAUUUAAUGUCAUAAAUGAUGGUUUGGAAAGCGGGAAAAGAGAGCUUUCGACGGAGAUCGUGACGCCUCUUUGACGGGUUUUGCGGUCCACAUGACGGUAAGGGCGUCAAAUUCAAAUAAAUACGGAGUAAUGAUUCACAGGCAACCAUGCAUUAGGACACGUAGGCAAUUCAUAUUAUCAAUCCAAACCGUCCAUUCUUUCAUCUCAGUCCCAAUGGCGUGACUUGAGAAAAUUGUACUUAUCUGAUGAUCAAACGGUCUGAUUGGUGGGAUGGAAGAAUUGAUGGAUGAGAUGGUUCCUACCAUGAUUUUGAAUGGACCGUACCUAAUGGACGGUCUAGAUAAGUGAUGUGGAUGACGUGGAAUCCUCAUGCAACUCGCUGCAUGCGAAGGACUCCGUACACGUACGUGCACUAUAGUAUACGAUACGCAGGGGGUGCGUAGUGCGCCUGGUUGUUGUUGUCUAGACAGUAGAAUCGACCACACGACGAAGGAGAAAGCGGCGAAGGCGGGGUGCGUACGAUACCAUCCCCGGCGUAUGGUUAGUAUCAUUCCCACGGGUGUGUUUGGAGGGGAAACGCAUUUAUAUUUAAAAAAAUCUCCACCCGUUGUUAGGUGGAACCCGCUUGCGGAAAUUUACUUAUUGGGGGUGGAAAUAUCAACUUUUGGGGGGUUGGAAAUAACAUUGCGCUUUGUAUUUUGAAGGAAAAUGUGCAAUAAUGAAAUUAUAGAAUUAUAUAUUUUUAUUUUCAAAUUGGUGUGUAUUUGGGUUCA